AUGUCUAAAAGGGGAAUUUCAUUGAUGAGUGAUAGUCAAAGUUUUAGUAACGAUGACUAUAAUUCAGAAGAAAGUUCUCCAAAUCAAUCAGUAGAUUUUAGUGAAGAUUCACAACCAAUAAAUGAACAAAGAAAGAGAUCUAAAAACACUCAUAGAUCAAAUGAUCAAUCUAGAAAUUCAUUGAAAGAACCUUCAGAAGAAGAAUUGAGAAAAAAAGAAAAUAGAAGACAAAGAAAUAAGAUUGCUGCUGCAAAAUGUAGGCAAAAAAGAAUUGAUCAAUUAAAAUCACUUGGAGAAGAAGUAGAACUUUUAAAAUUAAGAAACAAAGCCAUGGAAAGAGCUAAUUUAAAUUUGUUUAAAGAAUUUGAAAAAUUAGAAAAAAUUUGGCGGGAACAUAAUUGUCAUAUGGGUGAAGAAGAUAGAAAAUCACUAGAAUCUAUAUUUUCUAAUCCUGAAUUAAAAAAAUUAUCCGAUGAAUUAAAAAGUGGAAAAGGUACGGCAAAUGAAGUUUUAAGUGGACAAUUUCAAAAAACCACUACUGAACAUUCUAUAAAUAAAAAACAAAAUUUCCAAAAUAAUAUAAAUUCUAACAUUAAUAUGCAUAACAUUAUUGAUAAUGAUAUACAUUCCAAAGAUUCAAACUACAAUACUAAUGUAAAUCACAAAAUCAAACAAGAAUAUGUAUCAUCUAAUUCAUGUAAUGGUGAAAGAAAUUUUAACUCACCAAAAGAAUCACUUUAUAAUCAAGAUUUUAAAACAGUUUUAAUUGAAACACCAAAAACACAAAUAGAUCAACUUUUAAGUUACAAUACCAUAGUAAAUUCAUAUAAUGAAGUUGACGGAAAAAGAGAGAUAAACCAUAAUCAAUGUGUUGGUGAAAUUCCUCAAAAACAACCUCCAAGAACAAUCGAAACAUCUGAAAAAAUAUAUACUCAAAGCCUUCGAAGACCAACAUUCUUUCCAGGAAAAUUUUCAAAUAAUUCAGUUGAGUUACCAAAAGACAUUAUUAGAGAUGACUUUAAUCCACUUCUUGAUAACAAUUUUCAAUCUGAUGAAAAAGUUAAUCUUUUUGCCCUAGGAAAUGAUGUUACUGGUUUAACACCAGUUGCCAAUAAUGUUCAAUAUCCAACUCUACUUGAUACUCCUACACCAAUGGGUGAUAAAGAAUUCCAAAUACUUUAA